AUGCCUCAGGAUAUGCCGCCCGUGGGGGGUUACCAGGCUGUGCAGUACAAGCGCAACUUGCCCGCCCGUGGAUUCCGCCCCGGCACAAUGCUGAUCGGUAUGGGACUGGUGAUGGGAUACGGAUGGUAUCAAUUGACCAAGGGUAUCCGGGAAGCCAACGAGCUGGCGAGAGAGAAGAUGUGGGCGCGUAUUCACCUCAUCCCCCUCCUCCAGGCCGAGGAGGACCGCGACCAGGUUCGUAGGUGGUACGCCGAUCAGGCGAGAGAGAAGGAGCUGUUGGGCGAGAACACCAAGGUCUACCACAACGAGAGAUUCGUUCGUCCCACCUUUGCUCUUGCGCCGCAGAGCAAGAACUAG